CCUGAAUUGUCUGCUAUCUUUCUCAUACGCAUACAGGAGUCACUGCAAAAACUUAGAAGUCAGAGAGCGUAGUUCUGCAAGAGACGUAGCUAUGGAGACAUCGGAUGUCGAGAUGGAUUGGGAAGAGGAUGGCUGUGUGGAAUACGUCAGCAUCAGCUGUGGAAGAGGGACAUGGGGGCACAUGGAGGUAAAACAAAGCCAGUUGCACAAAAGUUCCUCAGUGGCACAUGGAAAGAGAUCGUCAAGGAAGGAGAGAAAUAAAGAUAAAAGUAAGAGCGAAGUUGAGGAAGGGAAAGAUGUUGAUAUUCCGUGCUUUCAACAAGGACAAUUUAAGGAUCACGGAAGUAGUAGCGCUGAUCAACAAUCUAAAGCUGUGCACAGUGCACACAGUAGCCAUAGAAAUAAGAGAGUUAAGAUACAAGAAGACAACCCUGAACCUAGUCCCGGCCGCAAAACUGUAGAGCAUAAACAUAGUAAGCGGGAAGGAAAGAGACGGCACAAGGAUAGAAUAGAUCAACGAUGGAGGGAUGAAAGGAGACGGAAAGAGAAAUUCUCAGAGCACGAGUUGUACAGUGGAAAAAGGACUAGAACAGACAGCCAAUCACGACGUCACAGUAAAAGAGAAAGAUGUAGUUUAGAUAAUGAUGUGGAUGAAAAGCAUUCAAAGCAUCAUAAACACAGGUCAAGGCUUAUUCAUACCGAGAGAAAACAGAUAUCAAAGAACAAAAAGGAAGAGUGGAAAGAAUAUAAGAAUCAAAACGUUAGUGGGGUGGGUAUUAGCACUAGUGAGUUUGUAGUAAGAGAAAACAAUUGUAAAGGGGAGAACCAAAGGGAUUUCACUGAGACAUGUGAGGAAAGUUAUGAUAGAAAAGACAUUCUGGAAGAAAAUUACGUCGAUGGAAAUGAAGCAGAAGUUGCCCAAAGUGCUUGUAGUUUACAGAACAUCUCCAAUAAAUCUAUGUAUAGUACGCAAGCACUACAGUGCAGCGAUGCAUCUGUACAGACUGACUGCGAGAAAGCGAUUUAUAUAGAUGAGAAACAAGAAACAUGUUCAGCUGGAACUCAGACUACAUUUAACAGUGGACGGUCUACGGAUGUAUGCGUACAAGCUGACCGCAAGGAGUGGCUGAGAGACCGCUUGGUGCAAGUCUCUCCCGUGGUACACUCUCGGCACACCCAGACACAUGCAGUUGAAGAAAAAUUAUGUUCUGCAAGUGAAUCUCAAGUUCAAGUUGAAAGGUGUUGCACUGAUCCAUCUGCUGUGCCGGGAGUGACAUCCUGUAAUGCAGGCGUACAGGUGAUGAAUGACUAUUGGUUAAGUCAACAAGGAACACAAACCACACCACAGGCAGGGCGGUCAGUAGUCUGUCAGACAUCUCCCAUUAACGUGAAUACUGAAGACGCUAGCACAGCUAGUGCAAAGACAUCUAAAAAUGGUACGGCGCUAUCAGAGUCACAAGAAGCAGGAGCGCGGAUGAUGACUGGUGCUGAACAGCCUUCCGUUGGCAAAUGCGAGGAAACGCACGCUGGAUGUUAUUGUGACGGGCGACAUGACGCUCUACUAUCUCAACAGUCCAUGUAUACUGCGGUGGGAAUACAUGGGAACUCGGAGCUCGAUCACCCCAGGGUUGUCCCCAUCCCGACUCCACCACCGCCUGGGCGGAAUGUGGAUGACUUUGACCUCUCGAGGCUGCUGGAAGCUUACCGGACUCUUUACAACCAUCAUGUCGCUUUCACAGCAGAAAACAUUUCUAACAGUGCACGCACGGUCUUGCCGUUGGGGCAUAACAGAGAAGAUACAUGUACCGCGAAACCGCCUUCAUCCCCCAGGGCUGAAAUAACUCACACCAAACGUACCGGAGAGAUUGCGAACAUGUUGGGAUCUUCAAGAACGGAACGAUGUGAUGGGGCAAAUGCGAUAACUGCCAGUGGGGCUGAAUGGAGCUGGCCGGUCAUAGCAAGGAAAGACGAUCUGGUGAACAAGGAAGAAGACUGCACCAUGGGUUCUGGAGCAAUUGGAGAGCACGUAGACUCAUUCAGCGUGUGCGAUGAUUCUCCAGAAGAAAGAGGUGCUGCUAUUUUCUCUAGAGAUAAACCGGUUGGCAACAGAUCUUGUAAACUGCUACAACAAGGUGGAAAGGAAUCUCCUGGAAUCAGUCCCCUGGAUGCAGCAGAGGUAUUGUUCGCCAUGUCAAAGAAGAGCAACAAUGAAGAUUCUGAUGAUAAUAGGAAAGGCGACGAUGGAUCGGGAAGUGCGGCGUUUCAUGGAUGCCGUACAGUCGAGUAUCCUAACGCUGUUGAGGAUGGGAGCUGUCUAGAUUUAUCUAUAAGACGAGUGAUUGACCCGUAUGUUGACAACGCUGUGACGGUAGAUGUAGAUGAAAAGCUUAUCACUGCUGGCAUCGGAAAUUCUACAUUAAACGGAAAUCUGUUAGCAGAAACUACAUGGUGGUCAGACGACGAGAGCGUUGCAUUGAUCCAAGGAAGUCCGAAUUCAUCAGAUCAGGGUAAAGAUAGCCGUCUAGACACGACGAUUUGUAAAGCUUCAAGUUCUGCAACGAAGCUCGCGUCUCAAGAAGACGGGACAUUUGGUACAGUGUGUAGUGCGUCAUCACCUUCGCCCUCUCACGUAACUCUAGUGCAGGAGAAACCAGUAUGUUUUCACGUUAAAGAACAGGAAACUUUAAGCCAUGCACCUGCCUGUGAAGAGAACGUAUUGGGGGAUCAUAUGCAUCCUGGCACUUCUGUGGAGAUGACGUCAGAGAAGGAGUACGACGAGUCUUUCACCGUCACCACCAGACAACAAUGGAAAAACUUUGUGUCUGCGAUGCAGCUUCAAGCACAAACAAAGAAAGCAUCUGUCAAAGUAGACAGUACACAGCCGUGUGAUUCCCUUGAACAAGGUACAAAAGAAGUGAAGAUAGAGCCGUCAGCAUCCAAAGAGGACGAAAAUUUGUCUGUUCAACCGGGAAGCAACAUUCAACCCAGUUAUCAAAAGACACAACCCUUGAGAGGCAAGAAAAUACAUAUGAGAAAAGUAGACCAUAGGUUGCGAUCUUCCUACACCUGUCAGAUAUGCAAAAAGAAGUUCAAAAGCUACGCCAGGUUCUUCUACCAUUUACGGCAUUCUGUAAAGUGUUCCAAGGCUGGGAAGCAGCGGCUAGGUAAGACAAUGUACGUCUGCAGAAUGUGCGAGGGGCAGUUCGCCACCAAUGUGGGGUAUGAGAAGCAUAGUUGUUUCAAGGAAAGGAUGCUCAGGCCAAGGGUCAGACGAGUUUCUUACAACGAUGACGGUUGUACAGAAAGCGACGUAAACACUUCUACAAGCAAGAACAGCCAAUGUGCUGGUGAAGAAGCAGAAUUUCAUUUAGCUGAGACUUCAGCCAUCUCAGAGGAGUCACAAACAACCGAGAGCUGUGAAAAGAAAGCAUGGGAGAGCGAAUGCGAAAACAACCUCAUGGAUGCAGCCGAUGGUACCGCGAAAGGACAAAGAUCUGACUGUCAGCUUAAAAGUGAGAUGGUGAAUACAAUACUUAAUAUGUUUGUCAAUGACCAUCAGCAAGGAUACUCAAGUACAAUUGGAAACAUAGAUAAUACUCAGCCGGGGUGUUGCGAAACUUUGGGAAUGCAAAUGAACGUACCUGGGGGUGUUCAGGAUCCUAAUCUUAACACAGAAGAACUUGACACCAGCAAGGCGUCAAUGGAUACGUACGGAGCGGCCCAGGCUGUACAGCAGUACAGUGAUGAGGUAUUCCGACGGGAACUCCAGGUGAUAGCAGAUGGGUUAGUUGACUCUUUGCUGGGAGGAAACUGUGACGACACCUCACAUCAGAGUACCCAAGGAGGACUCGUCUAUAACAGUGUGGAUCCAGUCGGGAUAGACCAUACCUACUCAGCACAAGUCACCGCUGUGAUCCCUACACAGGAGCUCCCACCUGCUGUAGCCAUGGACAUGCUGACAGCUGCUCUCACUGUUCCCAAGGAGUAGCGCGCCGGGAAAUGAUAUGUGUGAACGACGCGAAAUAGAACACUGUAGACUUUGUUUUUUGUAAUUGUUUCUUCAGUGUUUCUCGGCCUUAUAAUUUGUCAAUAUAUUUCCACUUGAAGAGAACAUUUGGCUUUGAAAAGUUAAGAAAUGUUUGUGUUCCCGGGUAUAAAAGUGCACCACUUUCACCUAUGCUUCGGGGAAUUUUCAUGAUUAUUUAUGAACUGUAACAGCAGUAAAUGAAUAUAUAGAAGAACAAAGGGGAAACUUUAGUAACAGUUCAAAAAUUGAUAAGUAUACAAGGUUGGAACGAUUAAUAUGUUAGGCACCUAACUAACGGCGAACGACAAUCUGUAACUUAGUUUGUGUUCUUGGUUGAUACAAUUUUGAUACAUUUUUACAUAUUUAUUUCUAAUGCGAAUGUCAACUACAACAUUGCAAUAUUAUUUAUACAUUAUUCUGAGAGAAAUGAAACAGUAAAUGAAAUAAGAUAACCAAUGUAGCCUUUAUACUUCUUACUUUAAAAAAAAUGUAUAUGACAACAAAAGUGAAAAUUGGAAUAUGACAGAUUCUUAUAUUUACAUGUGAUAAUGUGAAAUAGAAAACGACCCAUUUAUUCCUCCUUAUUUAUGUUGAUUUUGUUAUGUUACUUUAAUCCAUCCAGACAUAUACGUACGGCGAAGCCAUUAUAACGCGUCGACAGUACAAUAUUGUGCUAUAUGUUAACCAUAUAUUCUUCAAGAAUGCAUUACCAGUAGUUCAUGAUAGCAUUAUCGGUGACGUUAUGCUUGUGUUGUCAUGUAAUUAAGGCCUAGAAAUAUGUUUCCGGCUACUGUCCUGACAAUAUUGUCAUAAAUGGGGUACAACUUUCAUGUCCUGUUAGUAUCACUUUUUUGUCACUAGAACAGAAAUGUUGGAAAACGAUUCUACGUUUUCAUCCCUCAAAUGUCAGGCUCAAAAAUGCAUGUCCCUUACCAGUGAUUGCCAACAAUCCCCCACCCCCUAAGGCUAGGGUCGGCAAAUUUUGCUACGGUCAGUAUGGUCACCGGAAACAGUUUGUCCUAGGCCUAAACUGGACGUUUUCGAGUCAGUCUGAGUGUGCGCUACAGCUAUGCCUAUAGCUACCGACAGGACCUCCCGACUGAAUGUAAACGCUGACAAAUUAAAAGUUUGAAGCUUCAA